AUGCGUCAUUUUUCGCUUAUUCUCGCGCUCCUGUUCUGCAUCGACAACGUUGGAUGGUUGGAAGCCGCCGGUGUCCACAGUUGGUCAUCCAUAUUUAACAACAAGCCGUCAAAGAACUGGGUUGUCCUGGCCGCUGGUUCCAACACAUGGCAAAAUUAUCGACAUCAAGCGGACGUUUACCACGCGUAUCAAGUCGUGCGCAAACAUAAAGUUCCAGCGAAGAAUAUAAUUACCUUCGCCUUUGACGAUAUUACAAAUAAUCCCAAAAACCCGUUUAAAGGCAAAGUGUUCCAUGACUACGAGCACGAGGAUGUCUACAAGGGUGUGGUGAUCGAUUACCGUGGAAAAGUAAGUCCGUGUUCCGGUGCGCAGAAAUCAAGUGAAUUCUUGCAUCACUUUACCGUGUAA